AGCUGUGUCACACCGCCACUGAUGGAAGCCACCCCUGGGGAGGACUGGGGCUGCUUGGAAUUACGGCUCUUUCAUCUGGAAUCGGAAAUGGCCGGGAAAAUGUGACCGGCGUCGGCAGGAUUUUACGGCUGGUGUUCUGUGGGUGGCUUUUACGACAAGCGGCGAUUACAAUGGAAAUAUAAGCGCUCACAGCGGACGCCCUGCUGAACAGGAUCUCUUAGGCGGAAGUGAUUCACAGACUCUCGGCCAUGGCCCCGAGAAAAAGGAACAGCCGUGGGAUCUCCUUCAUCUUCUGCUGUUUCCGGACCAACGACCACCCGGAGAUCACGUACCGGUUGCGGAAUGAUAGCAAUUUCGCCCUGCAGACGAUGGAGCCGUCUUUGCCUCUCCCGCCCUUGGAGGAGCUGGACGUCAUGUUCUCGGAGCUGGUGGAUGAGCUGGACCUCAGUGACAAGCACAGGGAAGCCAUGUUUGCCCUUCCGGCUGAGAAGAAAUGGCAGAUAUAUUGUAGCAAGAAGAAGGAUCAGGAAGAAAACAAAGGAGCUACAAGCUGGCCGGAGUUCUACAUUGAUCAGCUGAACCUAAUGGCUGCUAGAAGAACGUUGCUGGCGAUGGAGAAAGAAGACGAGGACGAAAGGAGCAAGACUAUAGAAAGUUUGAAAACCGCUCUGAGGACGAAGCCAAUGAGGUUUGUGACCCGAUUUAUCGAUCUGGAUGGCUUAACGUGCAUUCUGAAUUUCCUGAAAAGCAUGGACUACGAAAUAGCCGAGUCCCAGAUCCAUACGUCUCUCAUCGGCUGCAUCAAGGCGCUGAUGAACAACUCUCAGGGACGGGCCCACGUCCUGGCUCACUCGGAGAGCAUCAACGUCAUCGCGCAGAGCCUCGCCACGGAAAACAUAAAGACCAAAGUGGCCGUCCUCGAGAUCAUGGGAGCCGUAUGUCUGGUUCCCGGAGGACACAAGAAGGUGUUAGAAGCCAUGCUUCAUUACCAGAAAUACGCCAGCGAGAGGACACGCUUCCAGACCUUGAUUAAUGACCUAGAUCGAAGUACUGUAAGAUACCGGGACGAGGUCAGUCUGAAGACCGCGAUCAUGUCUUUCAUCAACGCUGUUCUUAGCCAAGGCGCCGGCGUCGAAAGUUUGGACUUCAGGCUUCAUCUUCGAUACGAGUUUCUAAUGUUGGGGAUCCAGCCAGUAAUUGAUAAACUGAGGGAACACGAGAACUCAACGCUAGACAGACAUUUAGACUUUUUUGAGAUGCUGAGGAAUGAAGACGAACUGGAAUUUGCCAAAAGAUUUGAUUUGGUUCACAUAGACACGAAAAGCGCCACUCAGAUGUUCGAGUUGAUAAGAAAACGGUUAACGCACACAGAGUCCUAUCCGCAUUUUAUGUCUAUACUUCACCACUGCCUCCAAAUGCCUUAUAAAAGAAGCGGUAACACCGUCCAUUACUGGCUGCUCCUGGACCGCAUAGUGCAACAAAUAGUUAUCCAGAACGAGAGAGGACAGGAUCCGGACAUCUCGCCGCUGGAAAACUUUAACGUUAAAAACGUCGUCCGGAUGUUGGUGAAUGAAAAUGAGGUCAAACAGUGGAAGGAACAAGCUGAGAAAAUGAGAAAAGAGCAUCACGAGCUCCAGCAGAAACUAGAAAAGAAAGAACGGGAGUGCGAUGCAAAGACCCAGGAGAAAGAAGAGAUGAUGCAGACCUUGAAUAAAAUGAAAGAAAAGCUCGAAAAGGAGUCCACCGAGUACAAGCAAGUGAAGCAGCAGGUGGUCGAGCUCACGGCUCAAAUCCAGGAGCUCAGCAGCAGGGCAGUCAGUGCUCCCGUUCCUGGUGGGCCUCCACUUCCUCCUCCAGCACCCGGUGCUCCCUUUUCUUUGCCUUCUAUGCCUCCGCCUCCACCACCUCCUUUGCCAGGUGGAAUCGCACCUCCACCUCCUCCUCCUCCCGGGGCGCCUCCUCCACCCGGCGGGCCACCUCCUCCACCCGGCCUUUCCUCUUUUGGAGGACUGGGGGGACCACCCAACUCUUUUCUGGGCCCAGCUCUCAAAAAGAAGAAUAUCCCACAGCCCAAAAACCCACUCAAAUCCUUCAACUGGUCCAAGCUUCCAGAGAACAAGUUGGAAGGAACCCUGUGGGUCGACGUCGAUGAUGGAAAAGUCUUCAAGAUCUUGGACCUCGAAGACAUUGAGCGCACUUUCUCGGCUUACCAAAGACAGCAGGAUUUCUUCACGAGCAGCAGCAACAAACAGAAAGAAACCGAGUCCAACGACGAUACCCUUGGGUCUAAGAUGAAGGUGAAGGAGCUCUCGGUGAUCGAUGGAAGAAGAGCCCAAAAUUGUAACAUUCUCCUGUCCAGACUCAAGCUGUCUAAUGAAGAGAUUAAGCGUGCGAUCCUGUCAAUGGACGAGCAGGAGGACCUGCCGAAGGACAUGUUGGAGCAGCUCCUGAAGUUUGUCCCGGAAAAGAGCGAUAUCGAUUUGCUGGAGGAGCACAAGCACGAGCUGGAUCGCAUGGCCAAAGCCGACCGCUUUCUCUUCGAGAUGAGCAGGAUUAAUCAUUAUCAGCAGAGGCUUCAGUCGUUGUACUUCAAGAAGAAGUUUGCUGAGAGAGUCGCUGAAGUCAAACCAAAGGUGGAAGCGAUCCGUUCUGCUUCCAAGGAGGUUCUUCAGAGUAAGAGCCUCAAGCAGUUCUUGGAGGUUGUCCUGGCUUUCGGCAACUACAUGAACAAGGGCCAGAGAGGGAAUGCCUAUGGGUUUAAAAUCUCCAGCUUAAACAAGAUUGCUGAUACCAAAUCCAGUAUUGACAAAAACAUCACCCUUUUGCACUAUCUCAUAACGGUUGUGGAGACAAAGUACCCAAAAAUAUUAAACCUGCACGAUGAGCUACGAAACAUUCCGGAAGCCGCGAAAGUCAAUAUGACCGAACUGGAUAAAGAGAUCAGCACCUUGAGAACAGGUUUAAAAGCCGUGGAGAGCGAGCUGGAGUAUCAGAAGACUCAGUCCUCCCUGCCCGGAGACAAGUUCGUUUCCGUGGUCAGCCAGUUCAUCACCGUGGCCGGAUUCAGCUUCUCCGACGUCGAGGACCUCCAAGCAGAAGCCAAGGAGCUGUUCGUAAAGUCGGCCAAGCACUACGGAGAGGAGGCCAACAAAAUGCAGCCGGAUGAGUUUUUUGGCAUGUUUGAUCAGUUUCUUCAGGCGUUGUCGGAAGCCAAGCAGGAAAACGAGAACAUGAGGAAGAGGAAGGAGGAGGAGGAACGCAGAAUACGCAUGGAAGCCCAGCUCAAAGAACAGCGAGAACGGGAACGCAAAGCCCGGAAGGCCAAGGAGAACGGCGAGGAAGAAGGCGAGUUCGACGACCUGGUUUCGGCUCUGCGGUCGGGCGAGGUCUUCGACAAGGACCUUUCCAAACUGAAACGCAACCGCAAGCGCAUAGCCAGCCAGACGACGGAGAGCAGCCGCGAGCGGCCGGUGACCAAGCUCAAUUACUAGAGACCUUUCCUCGCCUUCCGUCACACUGCCUUCAGUUACCCGUGUGAGAGGGAACAUGCGUGUAUAUAUGUACUUUAUGUAAUAUAGCGUGUGGGCAUAUGUAUGUGCAUAAAGCUACUUGUGCACACAUAUAUGUAUAUAGUUUGGGGUGCGUCCAUGCACAUGCUGUAUGUGUUGUUACGGCAGUAUUAUGUAUAUAUGUGUAUAGAAGUCUUAACACAUGUAUACAUAGCCGCUGCGGAGGUUUGUUCCUUUUGUCUCUUUUUUUUUUUUUUUUUUUUUUUUCUUCCUAAAAUGGAAGAGACUUUAUAUAUUUUUUUUAUUUUAUUUUUUAUUAUUUUUAUUACAAUUUUUAACUUUUUUCGUGCAGAAGCACAAAUAAUAUAUUCUGCAGAUUAACGGCAGAUUAAAAAUAUGGGGGAUUUUUUUUUUUUCAU